CUCCACGCCGACGAUCAUCGAGAGAGGCAAGCGCGACCCUCUACGUGUGACGCUGCCCGUCGCGUUUGUUUGUCCUUAUUGUACUUUUAUCAAUAUUAAGUACUUCGUUUAAAAAGCGUCUGUACUCCUCUCGAGGCGCUUUGCUUUCUCGGCCCACGUGCAUCGUAAAACGCGCGACUCUCUCGUCCGACAACAUGCUUACCCUGUUGUUAAUAGCCCUUCUUGGAUUGGUUCACGGUCAAUUCUCCCCUGAGCCCGAGAGGAUUUUGAGCUAUUCACGCGAUCUCGGUGACACCCGCGGACACUAUUCCUUCGCCUACGAAACGGCGGGCGGAAUCGUCCAACAAGAGACUGGCAGUCGCAAAUACGCCGGCACCGAAGACGAGUCUCAGCUGAUCCAGGGCUCCGUGCAGUACAACGCGCCGGAUGGAACCCCUAUCUCCAUAAGCUGGACCGCCGAUGAAUUCGGUACCCAGAUCGCCGGCUCCCAUCUUCCCACCCCGCCGCCCAUCCCACCAGCGAUUCAACGUGCCCUGGAGUGGAUCGCCAAGCAGCCCACAACUCCGGAGCCGAUCGGAAAGGACAAUCCGACGCAGAACGCGGUGCCUCGCGACAAUCGCUCGCAGAGAUUAUUCGCAAAUAAACGAAACUAAAGAUUUAAGUCCGCCCACGCAACAUUCCAUAUAUUUACUGCAUCGUAAAAUGUGACACUCAAUAAAUUCGUAUUUUUAUAGAAAUUCCUCUAGACUACUGGUUCAAUGAUUCGGAUGGACUUGGAGUGCAGAGUAUGAUAAAGAUUAUGAUAGAACAGAUAUCCAGUGAUCUUUUUACAGAUAGACAAGAACAUAUUUUCUCGUUUUUCUUUCAUAUAUUAUACUUCGAAUAGCGCAUAAUCUUACAAUUAAAGGCAAACAGCACAACACUUUAAAAUAUAAAAGUAGGGAGAAAACAGUUUUUUUAUGUUACCUAAG